UCACCUUCAAACGACAAACACCAAAAAUAUAAUUUUACUAAUUGGAGCAUUCUUAUAUUAUUAAUUGUCUGAAUAUCAACAACUUCAUGUUUCUGAUCUAUUACUAGUAAUAACAAAAAUCCUAUCUGGGAUUUUUGAAUUCUUGAAAUUUAGCCCAAAGGGUCUUCAAGAAAGUGGGAACAAAAUGGAAGAAAAUAGUGAAGAUGGAAGAGGAGGGGAUCUAAGGAAACCAUUUUUACAUACAGGAAGUUGGUAUAGAAUGGGAUCAGCACAAACUUCAAGCAUGUUGGGUUCAUCUCAAGUGAUGCGUGAUAGUUCUAUUUCUGUUCUUGCUUGUGUUAUGAUUGUUGCUUUGGGUCCUAUCCAGUUUGGGUUCACUUCUGGUUUUUCUUCGCCUACGCAAACUGCUAUAGUCAAUGAUCUGAAGCUCACUGUUUCCGAGUUCUCUUUAUUCGGUUCUUUAUCUAAUGUGGGUGCUAUGGUCGGGGCAAUAUCUAGUGGUCAAAUUGCCGAGUACAUUGGACGAAAAGGGUCUUUAAUGAUAGCUGCUAUACCUAACAUCAUUGGUUGGCUUUCCAUCUCAUUUGCCAAAGAUCCAUCCUUCUUAUACAUGGGAAGAUUGUUGGAAGGUUUUGGAGUCGGCAUAAUCUCUUAUACGGUUCCUGUUUAUAUUGCCGAGAUAGCACCUCAAAAUCUGAGAGGGUCCUUGGGGUCAGUGAACCAGCUCUCUGUUACAAUUGGGAUCAUGUUGGCGUAUUUGCUAGGACUUUUUGUUAAUUGGAGGGUGCUUGCUGUUCUUGGAACAUUGCCCUGCCUAGCACUGAUACCUGGACUAUUUUUCAUCCCAGAAUCUCCUCGGUGGUUGGCCAAGAUGGGCUUAACAGAAGAUUUUGAAACUUCUUUGCAAGUUCUUCGGGGGUUUGAUGCUGACAUUUCCGUUGAAGUAAAUGAAAUUAAGAGGGCUGUAGCAUCCACAAGUCGAAAGUCAGCAAUACGUUUUGCAGAUCUCAAACAAAGAAGAUAUUGGUUGCCUCUCAUGAUAGGAAUUGGACUGCUUGUCCUGCAACAACUAGGAGGAACCAAUGGUGUGAUCUUCUAUUCCAGCAACAUAUUCCUAUCUGCUGGGAUCUCUUCAAGUAACGCAGCAACUUUCGGUGUUGGUGCUAUCCAGGUUGUUGCCACUGCUGUUUCUACAUGGCUGGUGGAUAAAACUGGGCGUAGGCUUUUACUGAUUGUCUCCUCUGCUGGAAUGGCUGUGAGUCUCCUUAUUGUUGCCGUUGCAUUCUUUCUGAAGGGUUUCGUUGAUGUGGAUUCUACCCUCUAUGGCGUUCUGGGUAUAAUAUCAGUGGUUGGUGUUGUGUUGAUGGUUGUUGCAUUCUCACUUGGAAUGGGGCCCAUUCCGUGGCUCAUAAUGUCUGAGAUUCUUCCAGUAAAGAUCAAAGGCCUUGCUGGAAGUGUAGCGACGUUAGCCAAUUGGUUCUGUUCCUGGGUAAUUACAGCAACUGCACCGCUGCUAUUGGCUUGGAGCAGUGGAGGAACCUUCACUCUUUAUACACUCGUUUGUGCAUUCACCGUGGGAUUUGUGGCCAUUUGGGUACCCGAGACAAAAGGAAAAACACUAGAGGAAAUACAGUUCUCCUUUAGAUGAUAGAAUUCCGAAUAUUUGCUAUUUCAACUCCCUGUUUCCUCUUUGUUCUCGACAAUAAUCUCUGCCCUUCUGCAAAAGGUUCAAUCCUUAUUAGAAGAAAAUCUAUGAGAUUUAUUUUUGAUUUAUUCAUAUUUAAUAAUUUUUAGAAAGAGAGAAUCAUACAACUGCUUCAUUGUAGAGCCAGGACCUUGAGUGUUUACAAAUGGUAUUUGAGUUGCAUUCUUUUCUGUACACUAUAUUCAAAAUGAUCUGUUGUUGUAACUGUAAUAUACUCACAUUUAUUGGACAAUUUGAAGUUGUUUAAAGAAGGAACUGUGAAUUCAUGGUACUGA